AUGGAUCUCGCCAAAAACCUACUGCGCAUAACAGCACGAGCAUUCUACUCAGUCGAAGACGUCCUCAUUGUCGACGCCCUCGGCAUCCACAGCACCCUCACAGACACCGACCUUGCACACUGUCUAGGCACAAACAAAAAAGAGCUACGGAAGCAAUGCGGCAAGCUCAAAGACGCCGGCCUGAUAUCUGUACAAACGCGCGCAGAGAAGAAGGAAGAUGCGCCUCCACCAUCCACAAAUCCGAAUUUCAAGAAUCGAGAGCAUGUUAAGCAUGUGGAUUGGUACUGGCUACACUUUCACCCUGCCAUCGAUGCUAUCAAGUAUCGUUUGUCGCGGCUGUCCAAACAUAUCGAUAGUAUGGGAGCACCGACGACGGAGAAGAAGGAUCUUGAGUGUCCGAGAUGCAAGAGUCAGUACACCGAUUUGGAAGUCAUGGACAAUAUCGACCCUCUGAGUGGCAGCUUCCUCUGCCAUAUGUGCGAACACCCUCUCGACCCUGUAGCCGAAGACUUUCAAGAGAACGAAAGCAAAAUGCGUCUCAAUACCCAAGUCGCGGCUAUCGAAGCCCUGCUGCGCGAAAUCGAUCAGGCAAACGUACCGGAAAACGACUUUGACACGGCUUUGUCGCUACAUCUACCCAUCAACAGAGGCGAUGCCCAUCCAGACCGUCCAACGAGAAUCGCCGAGGAAGUCAAGCCCAGCAUUGCAGGAUCAAAAGGUCUGGCCCUGGCUCCAGAAACAGUCAAGGUGCAAUUGGAAGACGACAUUACUACAAAACCAGAUCCAGAGGCUGCAAGAAUCAAGCGCGAGAAGGAGGCCAAGCAGAACGCUCUGCCCGAGUGGCUUACCAGAUCUACGGUGUCUGGCGAUAUGACGACGGCAGGCGCAAAGGAGCUGAGGGAACAAAGAGAAAGAGAAGCACAUGCUGGAGGUCUUUCCGUCGACGACGCAGCAGACGACAAGAAGUUGGGAGGCACACCCGGAAGAGACGAUGCCGUCAUGGAUGAUUACUGGGCCGCAUACCGAGCAGAGCAGGAAAGAGCGAGGUUACAAGAAGAAGAGGAAGAAGAGGAAGACGACGAGGACGAGGACGAAUUCGAAGACGUGCCCCCAGGCGCCAGCGUACCGGACAUCAAGGUCGAGGAGGCUGAAGGUCCGAAUGCCAAACGUGUCAAGACUGAGCAAGACACUGAUGAUGUGCCUUUGGCCAACGUCGCGCCUGCCGUUGAUAACAACGCGGAGUCUGAUGAAGAUGACAUGGAAUUUGAGGAUGUUUAG